CCCAGGGCGGCAGCGGCGGAGCAGGAUGGAGAUCCCGGUGCCUGUGCAGCCGUCUUGGCUGCGCCGCGCCUCGGCGCCGGUGCCUGGGUUUUCCGCGCCGGGCCGCCUCUUUGACCAGCGAUUCGGCGAGGGGCUGCUGGAGGCCGAGCUGGCUGCGCUCUGUCCGGCCGCGUUCGCCCCCUACUAUCUACGCGCACCCAGCGUGGCGCUGCCCACCUCUCAGGUGCCCACGGACCCCGGCCACUUCUCCGUGCUGCUGGACGUGAAGCACUUCUCGCCGGAGGAAAUAGCUGUCAAGGUGGUUGGCGACCACGUGGAGGUGCAUGCGCGCCACGAGGAGCGCCCGGACGAGCACGGAUUCAUCGCGCGCGAGUUCCACCGCCGCUACCGAUUGCCACCUGGCGUGGACCCUGCCGCCGUGACGUCGGCGCUGUCUCCUGAGGGCGUCCUGUCCAUCCAGGCCGCUCCAGCACCGGCGCAGGCCCCACUGCCGCCCGCAGCUGCCGCCAAGUAGGGGUCUCAGGCAUGCCUGAGCCCCGGGAGCCUCUUGGAGCUCCCUCUUUUAAAGCCGAUCUGACUCCACCCAGCCAGAAGUCGUGAGCUCGCCAAGACCGUCCCCACCCAAUCUGAGAUCCUGCCUUGACCCCUCCCCCCAGAUGCUUCCCCUGCCACCCACACUCACUCUCCACCCCUCCACCCCCAGGUGUCAGACCCUUCCUAGCUUCCAGACCCUCACCCUCAAGUCUCCUGUGCACCCACCCCACUUUCUUGGCCCAUCGACAUCCCCACACCCACUCCAUCCCUGUCGGCCCCUAGGCCAGUCGGGCGGGCAUAAUCCCCCCACAGGUAAGCAGCCCCGACUGCACAGCCCAACAGCCUCGUCCCAGGCCUCUGCAGCCCUCCCCUGCAGCCAGCCACCCCACCCUCCUGCGGCCCCCUUUCUGACUUGAAACCCCCAGACUCCAAGUCCCUGACUGCCCACCUCUGGACACCUACCCUAGGCCAACCAGCACCCCUACCAGACGGCCUCUGCACAGCUGUUCCCGGGCCCCUCCCCACCUCCCCUGAGUCUCUGUCCUGACCCCAGGUCUCCGACCAGACACCCUAGGCAGCCCGCCUUCCACACUCCUCUCCUCCUCCACGACCCAACCCACCAGCCACUCCGAUUUCCCGUGAGCCUUUGCCCCCUUCGAAUCACUCACCAGCUACCCUGUUCCCCCCUCCCUAGACCCCCUCCCCCAAUAAAUGUGCUAGAGCUGUGCCA